GCAUACUUCGUCUACUGACUCAAUUAUUCUUUUGACUGUUUGUUUCGGUUUCCACUCAAUCAACUUCGUUACAUUUUUCAUCGAGAAAAUGAACAAUCAUCCUCCAUCGAUUCAACGGCCAGCGAUGGCUUGGCGUGAUAAAUUUCGUACAGAGCCCAAACUCAUAGUCACAGCAUCAGUCUUGCCGCCUUCAUUUUCACUCACAAAAUCCCGUGAACUUCCCGUCAUCAUCAAUCUUACACUUAUUCUCAUAGAUUCCACAAAACCCAUUACAGUCAAUAUCAACGAUAGUUUCCUAGCACCCGACAAAGCAAAUUCUGUCAACAGCCCCUACAGUCUUACUCAUAAAGACACAGGAAAACAACCAUUCGAAAUCUACACGAACAUCGAUUUGGCUACCACCAAAAUCACUAUCAAUCCCGAUACCGACAUGUUGACUAUAUAUCCCGGGAAACCUUUCACCACCCAGGUAUGCAUUGGGCUCGAUAUAUUCUUUACUGGAGAGACUGGUGCUGGUACCAGCGCGGAUCCAUGUCUUUGUGCGACACCAUUAUCUUGCUUGAAAGUGGGAGAAACUUAUGAAGUGGGAUUAUCUUCCGAAACUAGUGGUAGGCCAGAGUUUAUGUGGUGGGCUCCAGGAGAUUGCGAGAGUACUGUGAAAGAGCGGGUGUCGUGGUGGAAUAGGUUGUUGGGAAACAAUUCAUUUGUGGAUGAAAUGAUGUUUAUUUUAGAUCCGACGGUGAAAGUGGAGUGGGCGAAACGAGCCGAGAUUAAGAUUGAAGAAUAGUGAUGGAAAAGGAGAUUGACGGAGAGCUAGAUGGUUUGUAUUUGAAAGAUUAUACUUCUUCCUGUUAUUCUGGAUUCUGGUAUUGCUGAACUUGCUAAGUUCAGCCAAUGGGAACUCUGACGAUGUAACUCA